CUCCGACCGAGAACAUGCUGCUGGAGGCUUCCUCGCCGACAUUCGUCACGAACGGAACUCUGCCGAGCGUGUCGAUGGCGACGGAGGAACCCGUGGCUUCGCCUGCCACGAUCGCCACGCUGGCUUCGCUAUUCGCCGCCAUCGGCAUAUCGGGGGUGCUGGGCAACGCGUUUGUGGUGUGCGCCGUCCUGGGCGACCGAGACAUGCGCAGCUCGGUGACCAACCUGUUCAUCCUUAACUUGGCACUGAGCGACCUCACCAUACUGCUGGCGUGCGUGCCGGACAUCGUGCUCUUCAUCCGGAACCGCGGCUGGGAGCUGGGCUUGGGCAUGUGCCGCGCACUGCGCUUCGUCGAGGUCAUGGCACUCUACGCGUCCGUCAUGACUCUGGUCAGCGUCUGCGUCGAGCGGUACGUUGCCAUUGUGCACCCGAUGCGGGCUCAUCUGCUCUGCUGUCGCAAGCGGGUUCGACUGGCCAUCGGCGCGCUGUGGCCCCUGUCGGCGCUGCUGGCGGCGCCCAACCUCGUGUACCACGAGAUACAGUGCGUCAGACCGGGGUUCGCACCGUGCGUCAUGCGGUUCCCAUCGUUCGAAGCGUUCGUGUUGUUCAAGUACGCCGAGUUCGUGCUCUUCUACCUGCUGCCACUCGUAAUACAGUGCGUGCUGUACACUAUCGUGGGCCUGCGGCUGUUCAGCGCCGAGUCGUUCCGCUCCAUGGCUCCAGCCGUGGGUCGGGAGAAGUACGCGCGGUCGGUCAAGGCCCGCCGCGGUGUCAUCAAGAUGCUGGUGGCCGGAGUCACCGUCUACUUCAUCAGCUUUUCGCCGCAUCAGGUGUUACUUCUGUACAACACGCUUUCGAGUCAACGUUUCGAGGAGACCUGGACGUACCUAAUCAUCGUCAACAUGAUGGCCUACACGUCGUCGGCCUGCAACCCGCUGCUGUACAGCGUGUUCAGCCACAAGUUCCGCUCCAAGUUCCUCGCCAUCCUGGGCGUGCGCAGGAGGCGAGUGGUUCGGGGAUCCGGGAUGGCGUCGUCCAACAAGAAGAGCGACGCCAGACGCUGGUCCUCGUCGCCCAUCACACGCGGAGGCGUCGGCGGCCAGUCUUGCAAGACGUCGCUUACGCAGGUGUGACGUAUGCGAAAAUCGGUCCUCAAUCGGACGACGUGGGUGUGACGAAACGCGCUGACGUUGCGAGUGAGGUCGCCAAAGGACGGCUGUGACGGAAGCAGUUGUGAUAGGAUCUGCUGUGUUUCUCCGUUGGUGUACAGAUUCUGAGACCUGGAUAAAAACGGUGCUGGGGGAAUGUGGACUGUGUGGAGAUGUGAACGCACAGUGUGCACUUUGGUCUGCCCGUUUUUUCUUCAAGCGAAGUCGACGUGGAGCAAAGUGAUCAACAAAUGAUCGAAGAAGAGAUUUCGCAGGAGCCAAUACUUCAACAACGAGACUUACCUUCUUGUGGAUACCUAUCGGUAGCUGCAAGGGAAUGUCGCUGGAGCCAAAUUUUGACAUGGGGUAUUGUCGUUGUCAGGGUUGCAGUCGGCAACUUGAUCGGCGAGGAGGUGUUUUAGGACAAAUGCCGGUACCAGCGGGAACUGUUUUGGAUCAGUUCGGACUUGCAUAUUUCCGCGAACAUCCGUGUUAAAAUACUUAAACAUUUCGUUGUCUUUUUGAUCGGUGCUUUAUGUGCCAGCAGAUCAUUUACAGGACUUAGAGACGGCAUUUACAGACGGAGUUUCGAGAGGCGAACUUUUCCUUUCGCAUAACUCUGUGCGGAAUCGACGCUACACUUGCAAAAGAGCAGUGUUUCGUUAGAAAGCUUAAAAGCAGGAGAGACUGAAGACAAAGCUAUGUUUCUUAAUAUAUUGCUAGGUUCGUAUGCCAGCAAAAAGUCACUUUUAUAAGUAUGUACACUGUCAUGAGUGUGGUUGCAGGUUGGAUAUUUCACUUCAAGCUCAAGUUUGUGAGUUACAGACUAAAA